CCUGUCCCUGAAACCAGCAUAUUGUGCUGUAUGGAAAUGAUUUGAAAAUGCCAAAAAAAGCACAAGAGGAUGCUGUUACUAAUAUGAAAACAGUACAACAAAUUUCCAAGCAGCUGGGAUUUGAAUGGACUGUUGUAGCCUAUGAGUUGGGUUUUACUCGAGAGGAGGUAAGGGAGUUCCAUGUGAAGGUGCAGCAGAAAGGAACCCAAGCUAAAACCAUGCUGGAGUGCUGGUACAAGAGAUCCUGGGACAAGAGCAAUAAAACAAAGUUACUGCAAGAUGGACUUGAGCGGGCUGGCCGUCGUGACCUGGCUGAGCAUUUGCGCUGCCUUCACUGGGGACAUCAGAAACUAAGCCACAAAGUGGAGCUUCCUUCGGCAUUUCCUUAUAUCAUUACGGUCCAUAAGACCAUAAAGAACAAAGAGGGUUUGCGUCGAAUCAAUGACCUUAACCAGAGUUAUUAACUUUUAUGAUAUCAAUUUUUGAGUUUUCUGCUGGUUCCAAUGACUGAAAUUAAAGAAUUUUACAGAUGUCAUUAAAGAUGCCUUAAGUGAUCUUAGGAUUUAUUUUUGCGUUAAUAUGUGAUUUGAGUCAGGUGCCUUUUCCCCUAUAUAACAUUAUCACCAACUGUAACCUUCUUUUCAAUUUAUUGACAGUUUUAAAGACUUCGGGGGGAAUUCUCCCAUUUGCGCGUAAAUCGCGCGUAAGCUUUUUUUUACGCGGUUCUCUUGCGCAUCAAUGUUUUACGCGCAUUCUGCCGUCCCAGCUUAUGACACACCCACAUAGCGCAAAUUCCAAAUCAAGGCGGCCUUAUGAAAGAGGCGUGAUUUAUUUAAAAAAAAAAGAACCAGACUUAUCUACCUCCUCCUUAAUUUAGGUUGAUAUGAAAACGUGGAAUGUGGACUUUCUCAUUGACCUUCUGAAUGCCAUUUAAAUCCAGAAAGAACACCAACCAGUCUUUGAUUUUGAAAACGUAUGCAAGGUGAACUGAAUAAAGAACUGCCUACAGUAAAAUGGUGUCAUCACAUAGCUUAACAAAGAAAUUACUUCACGAAAUUUCACUUUUGCUUUGACGUUUGUUUAUAAAGAGUCAAGACGUGCUUGAGGUGUGUAGACAACUCACAGUUGUCAAAAAGGUUUCGCUGGCAGCUGCCUCGCAUAAUAUCAAUUUAUCUAUGCUGACAUAUGUAGACUGACAUCUGCAGCUUCGAACACAGUAGAGAGACUGACAUAACGAGUUCAAUCUCCAUUACAAACAAAUUAAAAGACGAGAGAAUAAACUAUGCUGCUCCUUCACUAUAGUGCAGACGUCUGUGCAAAUGUAUGAAUGUCUUCAGUGAAGUUGGAAAGAAACGGACAGUCGAACGAAGUAUGUAUGCAUGGGAUUAUGACUUCUCGUCAAGUUAAAACUGAAGAUACAUAAUCGGUAAGAUCCAAUACUGAAAGUGGGUGAUUAUAACGGGUUUUUCACUAUUUAACAAUGUAGCCUAUGAAGCCAGUGAUGGUAAUGGCGCGAAAUAUGCCACCGUGUGACACUGUAAUGCGGAAAACAUGAAGCUGUAUCAGCUUAUAAGCAUCACAUUUGAUACUGUAAUGUCAAUUUGUAAAUUCCGUGUUGCAUACAUGUAUUUAGAACUAGGCCUUCUGCCGACAUGAGCAAUAUGCUGUUUCACCUUGUAGUGGCGCUCGACCUUAUUCCAGCCCUCCAGGGUGCUUAAGCUGGAAAAGUGCUUAAGCCAUGGCAGAAUGCGCGCAAGAGUUGUAUAUAUAAGAAACGCCCAGAUUUUGGGGUUGCUGCACCCAAAACGCGCAACUCUCUCUACCACGCGUAAAUGGCCGACUUAAGUGGAUGGCAGAAUCCGCUUAGAGGGAAACACGCGUAGUUGUGCGGUUUUUUGGACUUGCGCACCCUUACGCACCCUUACGCGCAUGGGAGAAUUCCCCCCAUACUGUAGUCACCUUCCAAAAGAUCUUAUUUGCCCACCUACAUUUUUUUUCAGGCAUACAUUUUUUUCACAUCGAAAUAUAAUGGAUUGAAAUAUGAUAAAUGUUAGGGGGUGGUACACUUCAUGAUAAAAUGGCUCUAGUUAUCCAGUAACGGUCAAGGUUUUGACUUAAAAUAUAUGCCUUCAAUCAGAAAUGCACUGUACUGUUCUUCUUGCUUCUUCUCGUUCUUCUUAUGCAGUUAAUGCAGCUUCAACCGUUUAACGCUCAAUGGUGUUUUUUGCCCCCAACAGCACCUUCCAGCGCAGCCUAAAAGGCACUACCUUUACCCUAUUCCUAACCCUAGCCCCCUCAACCCUCAUCCUACCCCUAAACUGAGGGGAGUAGUGCCUUGAAGGCAGCGCUGCCUGGAAGGCACCAUUGAGGGCAAAUAAUACCAAAGACCACCGUUUAACAUAGAAAAUUCAUUCUGACUUUGUUACGUAGGUCUUAGGACA